GUCAAUAGCAGCACUCGUUGCAGACAUUCUCUUCCAGUGGUAUCGAAAACCAUGGAUUUUCUUUGAUAAUUUUGUACCUCUGUUCCACAUCCACAUUUAGCGGAGUGCUAAGGAAGCUCCUGUAAAGCGAAGAACAGAUCGUUGAUUCUGUUUGUCAUAAAACGAAGAGAUGGCCCAGACUGGUGAGAAGACCACACUGCCAGAGUGGAUCGACGAAAAGUUCGUGGCUUCGUCGUUGAGAAAGGCGGAAAAGGACGAUGAUCUGCACGUGGAAUCGAUGGACAUAGCCGGUGCGGACCCUAGCGGAGGCGGUUUCCACGGCGAGAUACACCGUGUGAUGGCGAGGGUGCGCCACGGCAGCGGUCAGGCGAGGAAGCGGUCGAUGAUUGUGAAGAGUCUCAGUCGGUCAGGACCGAGCAUGGAGGCUGCGCACAUAGGCAGCCUGUUUCUCAGGGAGACCCUCUUAUACAAGGAGAUACUGCCCGCUGUAAGCUCUGCUCUGAAGGCCGUAGAAGGCAGCGACUGGCAGCCAUUGGCUGCCAAUUGUUACCAGAGCGGCUCUCUGCCCACAGAGUAUCUCGUCCUGGAGGACUUGCAGGAAUCGGGCUUCAAGGUGGCCGAGAACGGGAAACUCCUGGGUCGGGAACAGUGUUCGCUGGUUGUGAAGUGUCUGGCGCGCCUGCAUGCUGCUUCUCUUUUGUUUGCAGGCCACGAGUCGCUCGCUGGUCCCACGUUCAAAAUCCAUCCAUUGCACCUAGAGGGAGCUAAGGAUUUCUUCCGGACCUACACGCACAAGGCUUUCGCAGCAGUGGCGGAAAAUCUGGGAAAGCAUACCGAUUAUGAGAAAUACGCAACCAAAUACAGAGAGCUGAGUGCUGACAUUUUCGACAGGGUGGAACAUGCGGUGACUUCUGUGACACCGGUGCUGGUGGUUCUGCUUCACGGCGACGCGUGGAAGAACAACCUCAUGUUCAGAUACAGCGGUGACCACGUGACAGACGUCAGAAUCAUCGAUUUCCAAAAUUGCUUCUGGGGGACACCAGCUUUCGACCUUCAGCACUUCCUGUACAGCAGCGGCGGCGAGGAAGUACAUCGGCACCACUUCGACCAGCUGCUGUCUGAAUACCACGAGACGCUGCAGACCUCUCUGCGCGCCUUGGGAUUCCACGAGCAGGCGGACGCCUUCCCGCUGCGGCAGCUGCUCAGGGACAUGGACGAUCUGGCAAUCCACGGGGUGGGCAUGUCCGUGGUGGCGGCCUCCAUCAUCCUCGCGCCGGAGCUCCUCCCAGAAGACGCCGAGGAAGCAGUCAGCGAUGCCACCACCAGUGACGCGUACUUCCAGCGCUGCACCAGCAACUCCAAAUUCAUGUCCCACAUGAAAUUCCUGGCUCCAGUCCUGGAAAGAAAGGGCGCAUUCUGAUCAGAAAACUAUGUGUACUACAUCCUAAAUGUACAGACUGUGCGCUUUGAAAAUGUUUCUUCAGCAUAUAACAGUGGUUUGUUACCUUAAAGCAUGCCAGUCAUCACUGAAUCGUGUUCUGGGUUUUAACGCGUGCAUAGUCAAUAUUUUCAAGGAGAAAUUAAGACUAGUAUCACCUCGUAAAAAUCACGCUGCGACCAUGGAACUCGAUGAUGAUUUCAGUCCAGUGUCUACCAACAUGGGGAUGAAUACUCCGAGGAGUAAACUGAAAUCUCCGUCAAAGAUCAUUUUCAUUACUAUCAUCACAAUUUUUUAAGAUUAGUAUUGAUUAUAUAACUUACCCCGAAGAACCAGGAACACAAACAUGUGACAAACAGAGGGAUCCGGGAAUAGCUUGCAAAGAGCACAGGCUGACACAUACUAACGUACACCAAUAGAAACGACCACACGGUGAGAAACAUUAUGAAGAUACAACAACGAAUGUCUUUCCGCACAGACAGCACAGUACAGAAAAGUCUAAAACUGACAGCAUGAAUCGCACUUUUGCAGAUCACCUCAUACAAGAAAACCAUCUGCCAAACAACACUGAGACUGGUCUUAAGACCGAGCGAGGUGGCGCAGUGGUUAGACACUGGACUCGCUUUCGGGGGGACGACGGUUCAAUCCCGCGUCCGGCCAUCCUGAUUUAGGUUUUCCGUCAUUUCCCUAAAUCGCUCCAGCCAUAUGCCGAGAUGGUUCCUUUGAAAGGGCACGGCCGACUUCCUUCCCCAUCCUUCCCUAAUCCGAUGAGACCGAUGACCUCGCUGUCUGGUCUGCUUCCCCAAAACAACCCAACCCAGAACCCUGGUGUUAAGAUUCUCAAAGAAAGAUAUAGCUUCCGUCGAAAACUGACUUUAGAGGAGAAUAAUCAAAUACAAAAAGCAAUGAUACAACGAAAGAAAA